AUGCAAGUGAUAGCAGUAGGAGUUGGUGGUCAUAUAAAUUUCUAUAGUAGUAUUACUUCAGAACGAACUACUGGUUUUCGAAUUUAUGAUGGAAAUUCUAACAGUGAUGUUGAUUGUGAUAUUCUAGACAAUUAUUUAAUUCCAACACUACAAUUAUAUCAAAUGGAAAAUAAUUAUUUAUACCAACACGACAAUACUCGAUAUCAUGUAUCGAGACAAAGUCAAACGAAGUUACAUGAAUUAUCGGUUAAUGUAUUAAAGUAG